AUGCUUCUGUUUCCUCAUGGAGAUGACUCUUACUGCUGUGAAUGUACCGACGGAUAUGAAGGACAAAAUUGUGAAGAAGUGCUCCCUUGUCCACCUGCCAAGAAGACGGACGAUCCUAAAGGUCGUUGCUGUGGUUUUCCUUUUGUGUAUAAAGGGAUAACUUACCAAUCUUGUACCAAGGUCGGUUAUCACAGAUUGUGGUGUUCAUUAGACGAAGGAGAGUACAAAGGACAGUGGGCUAACUGCGUGAACCCGUGCACAGACAACCCUUGCCAAAAUGGGGGAGUCUGCACUGUAACUGGAGAUGACUCUUACAGCUGUGAAUGUGCCGACGGAUAUGAUGGACAAAAUUGUGAACAAGGCUCAAGAAUAAACUUGAUUGCCUGUACAUUCCCACCAGUUCAAGUCGAUGUCUAUCCCCAACCAAAUUCCGUUUCGUGUGUGCGGCCAGUGCCAGAGUGUAUUACGUUGGCAUUUAAGGCUUACUUUUGGUAUAAACUUGAGGAAAUGGCAAAAUACCCCUGUUUCAAACAUGAUGAAUUCGCAUUUGCGCGACAAAAAUCUGAAGGAUGUUUCACGGAGCACAAGAAGAAAGCGAAAAUGGUCCUCAAAAGGAAAAUCGCUACCGUUGGUGGAAAGAAACUAAGCAUUCAGGAUGUAUUUGAUGAGUGCAAAAGUGCAGCGGAGAAGAAAGGUUUCAAGAUUUUUGGUAUUCGGAACAGAAAUAAGUGUUUCACAACAAGUGAUGGAAAAGUGCAGGAGUUUAAAAAGUAUGGAGUAUCAUCCAAAUGCAAAAUAGAUGACAACGGCCUUGGUGUUGGAAUGAAACUCGCCAACUUUGUCUACACAAGGCCGUAAAGAUAGGCUCAAUGCAGAAAUACAGCAAUGUACGGAAUGGAUGGGAUGGAAUUAGUAGUUCUACCUGAGUAAAUUGAAAAUCUUGCUGGGUUAAGGGUUUUAAUUCAUUAAAGGGUUAAU